GGCGGCGAGCGCCUUACCACAUUCACUGAGUCUCCCCGCGGCCCAGAGUCGCACACACAGACCAGGCCUCUAACCACUCCAUGGGAGCCUGCGUGCCAGCAACCUGGAACCCAGAGCCUUUCCUGGAGCCUGCACAAUCCAGACUGAAGCCGAUGUCUUACAGAGAGACCGAAGUGCAAUCCAACCAGGACACAGCUGAAUUUUGAGAGGCCUGAAUGCCUCGCGUCCACCAGGGGACUGCUGGGACUAAUUCUCUUGGCAAACUUGUGGCCAGCCAAAACUACCAUGCUUCACAUCCCCGUUAUCCUUGGUUACCGCCCAAGAUUGGCUUACAGAAGAGAUGAAAUGUGGUCUGAGGGACGACAUGACUAUGAAAGGCUUCCAAGAGAACGAGCACCUCCUCGAAACCACCCCAGUGAUGGCUACCAUAGAGUAGUUAAUAUUGUGCCAAAGAAACCACCACUGCUAGACAGACCGGUUGAAGGAAGCUACAAUAGAUAUUACAGUCAUGUUGAUUACCGAGACUAUGACGAGGGCCGCAGUUUUUCUCAUGAUCGAAGAAGUGGUCCACCUCACAGAGGAGAUGAAUCAGCCUAUAAGUGGACAAGAGAUGAUCAUUCUGGAAGUCGUCAGCCUGAAUACAGGGACAUGAGAGAUGGCGGCUUUAGAAGAAAAAGUUUCCAUGCUUCCCAUUAUGUGAGAGACCGGUCUCCUCAUAAAAGAGAAACUCCUUUUUUAAGAGACUCACCUGUGGGCAGAAAGGAUUCUCCACACAGCAGAUCUGGCUCCAGUGUCAGUAGUAGAAGCUACUCUCCAGAAAGAAGCAAAACGUACUCUUUCCAUCAGUCUCAACACAGAAAACCCGUGCGUGCUGAUGCUUCCUACAAACGGCAGAAUGAAGGAAAGCCAGAAAGAGGUAAAGAGAGACCUGUUCAGUCUUUGAAAACAUCAAGAGACACGUCACCCUCAAGUUCUUCAACAAUUCCUUCAUCAAAGGUGUUAGACAAACCCAGUAAGCUAACUCAAAAGGAACUUGCUGAGGCUGCAAGCAAGUGGGCUGCUGAAAAACUAGAGAAGGCAGAUGAAAGUAACUUACCUGAAAUUUCUGAGUACGAGGCAGGUUCCACAGCACCAUUGUUCAUUGACCAGCCAGAAGAACCUGAGUCAAAUGCAACAGAUGGCAUAGAGUUAUUUGAAGACAGUCAGCUUAACAGUCGCUCUAAAGCAAUAGCAUCAAAAACCAAAGAGAUUGAACAGGUUUACCGACAAGACUGUGAAACUUUCGGGAUGGUUGUGAAAAUGCUGAUUGAAAAAGAUCCUUCAUUAGAAAAAUCCAUACAGUUUGCAUUGAGACAGAAUUUACAUGAAAUAGGUGAGCGGUGUGUUGAAGAACUCAAGCAUUUCAUUGCAGAGUAUGACGCCUCUAGUCAAGACUUCGGAGAACCUUUUUAGACAUUUACUUGCUCAGGCAAAAAGAAUGGGUCUAGAUUUUUUUUUCCCCCUGGAUUGUGUAAAUCCUUAAUAUAUGGAUUUUUGUGAUGAAAGUAACUACUUUAUGAUAGUUGACCACCUUUCCAAUAUCAAAUGAACAUCUAAAAUAGUGUUAAGAUAUUUUAAUUAGAAUUUGUUUUAUCUACAUGUAGAGCCUCCUAAUCCAUUACUUAUCUUUUCCCCUCUACAGUGAUGGGUCAAGUAAGGUUUCGAGCCCUGGAGAACAGCUCUCUGUACUUACUCCUGUUCUGUAGUCUUCCACAGUAUGUGAUCAUUUCAUUUGGUCACACUGGUGUAAUUUUUAGAGGUCAUUCCACUUAAACAUAAUCUUUUUUGCAUUUCAUAGUCAAUGAUACCAUGUGAAAAUGUUAGAAUUCUAAAUUGUGAUCUUACUGACUUGUUGCUUGCUUAUCUUAGGCUUUGUACAUUUUAAUAUGUUUAAGUAUUAGAUCUAAAUAAACUGAAUACUUUGGUAUCUUAGAGAGUAUUUGCUUUGAGUAUACAUUCUCAUUGUGGUAACUAGAGCACUUAAAUCUCUUAAAAGACACCUCACAGUAAAAUCCUGUUUCUCCAAGUAAAUGAACCUAAAUUUCUUCUAUUAAAAUCAUCCUGAAAUUCUUGUGUCUUACACAACAUCAUAUAUAGGGAAUUUGAGGUGAAAGAUGAGGGCUGUUUUAAAUUUCUAGUUGAAAGAGAAAAAUGUAGAAUUUGAGGGAGUAGUAGAGCUUCAUUUUUUCUGUUGGCCCAUAUUCUCCAUCUCAAGAAAGGUGACUGAGAACAUAUCCAUGAUUAAACCAUUUACCGAUUGUGCUUUUGGUAAUCUCUUUGUAUUCCAACGAGUUUUUUGUUCUGCUGCCCUUUUAAGGGGGUUCUUAGCCCUUCAAAAGUGUUCUUGGAAGAAACAAAGCGGAGUAGAUAGUAAGCCUAGCACAGCUACCUUUCACCAAGCAGUCUAUGUAAACCGUCCUUCGUGAGCUAGCCAUCCAAGUAACAGGUUAGUUCAUCUAACUGGGACAUUUAGGAUAUUCCACUCAUUCCCUGAUUACGUCCAGCUGCCCAGUGGCAUUAAGCCAAAAUAUGUAAUUUUGUGGCAUUACUUAGGAAACCUUUAAAAUUAUGUUUGUUAUUACUAUCCAGUGUAUUAUCCUCCCAUCCUCUUUCCAUUUCCACUCUCUGCUCACUUGAAUUAUGGCAUCAUUGCCUUUAUUGAUACUAUCUUAACAGCUACCCCAGAAUAGAUAAACAUUUUAUGAAAUGUGGAAAUAAUUUAAGCAGACCCUAUAAUAGGUACCUCAAAAUAUGUAUUAUGCCAUUCCACAGAUUUAAAAUUGAAUUGAUGGCAACAAUUAUUUUCUUAAGUUUCCUGUAUAAGACCACCUUGAAUUUUUAUUUUUGCCAUUAAUAUGUAGUACAUAAGCCAAAACUCAACCCCAUAUAUCAUCUCUGGUAUUCUUUUCUAAUAUGAACAAUGAUUCUGUUUGUUAUAACCACUGUAUGAAAGACUAAAAGUAGUGAUUUGGUUUCUCUCCUGCCCUCAUGUUUUUCUUCUCCUUAAAUGUUUUAGUUCCAGGAUCCAUUUUCUUUAGUCAAGAUGUCACAGUUUAAAAACAAAAACAAAAAACUUGAGAAACUACCAUGGAGGCAAAAGAAUUGUUCACUCUUUUGAAAUUCAUUACAUUACAGAGCUUUUACUCACAGAUGCAUUUAAAUGUAGGUUCAGCAGAUAUUUUUUUUCUUCCUCCUUCCCCCAAAUUAUACUCAACAUUUAAUGCUGUUCAUAGCUUGCCAUCAGCAUUAUUUUGAUAGGCUCGUCAGUGUUAAAUCUGUUUUUUUUAAAGCUUUAAAGUCUAAUUUUAGGAUAGAUUGAUUUAGAUGUGUACCAGAGUGUGUAUUUUGCAAAAUGUUCUUCAUUAAAAAAAUUUGUUUAUAAAUUAUCCAUUGUUUUUGAGUAUGCCCAAUUGGUGUGAUAAAAUUUUCAUUGUCAUUAAAGCCUUGAUGAUCAAAAGGGGAAAGCUGAUAUUGUGAAGCUUUUUGUGAAUUUUUAAAAGUGCAAAAUAAAGCAAACAGGUUUAAAUAA